UUUACGUAUGAGAUUUUUUUAAACAAUUGAAUACAACAGAUAUUUUGUGUGAACUUAUAUCCAGUUUGGGUCAUUUAACAUAACUCUAAUAUGUAAGUCAUUUUCAUGUGUAAUCAUUACUUACACAACGGAUCAUUUUCUUGGACAAAAAUAACAUGACAGAGGCAGGAAUGUUGUGCAAAAUGAACAUUUUACUAAUAGCUUGUAUCCUGAACUGCCUGAGUUUCUCCAGAUAUUUUGUUAUGGGAUUGAAUCAAACAAACGUUCAAAGAGUAAAUACAGCCGAUAAUGAUACAAUGAUCAGAGAGAAUAUCCUAGAGAACAUUUUAUCGAAAUAUGACAAAAGAUUUCCACCGCUUUACAAUAAAGCACAACCAGUAGAAGUUAAAGUCCAAAUCUAUGUUGUUGGAAUCUUUGGAAUUGAUGAAGCGCAGAUGAAAUAUUCCAUGAGUAUGUACCUCCGACAACAAUGGACUGAUUCCAGGCUGAAAUAUGAUGCGCCAGCGGGUUUAACUAAGAUAGAGCUGGACAAUGAAAUCAAAAAGGAAAUAUGGGUACCAGACUUAUCUUUUAUGACGGAUAUGGAUACUAAAGUUCAUCAAGUAACACUGCCUAAUAAAAUGAUGUUUUUAUAUCCAGAUGGAUUUGUGUCAUACAGUACGAGAGUUACAGGAACAUUUACUUGUUUUAUGCAGUUACAUAAUUUUCCAUUUGAUGAUCAAUCAUGUGUGUUUGAGAUGGAAAGCUAUGGAUUCACUGCUGCAACUGUAUCCUUUAGAUGGGAUGAGCCUGGAAUGUCUUUUAAAGAUGGCAUUGUUCAUAGUCAGUUUGAAAUUGGGGCUGCCAAAACGUACUUGUGUGACAGAGAGUAUCCUUCAGGAAAUUAUACGUGUAUUGGUUUGACGCUACCUUUAAAAAGACGAUAUGGUUUUUAUAUCAUACAAGUGUUUGCACCAUCGAUGUUGAUUGUUGUGUUGUCAUGGGUAUCUUUCUGGCUAAAUAUAGAUGCAGCACCUGCAAGAGUUUCUCUAGGAAUAUUGACAGUUUUGACAAUAUCAACGAAUGGUAAUCUUAGUGUUGGUAUGUCGCAACAAGUUUCUUACAUCAGGGCUAUAGACAUUUGGAAUUCCGUUUGCCUGUUCCUAGUUUUUGGUGCAAUGGUGGAGUAUGCAUACGUUUGUGUUAUUGCGCGUGUGCAACAAAGACGGAAACGUGAGCGCCUCCAUUCAAAUAUUUCAUUGAAUGGUUUAGCGGAUAUUGAAAAUGGCAAAAUUACAGAAAAAGUAACUGAGCAACAUCAAAUAGACAAAGAUAGGGAGAACGCAAGAAAGAUAGACAAAAUUUCUCGAAUUACUUUUCCUUUAGCUUUUGUUGUUUUUAACGUUAUUUAUUGGGUGUAUUAUUUGAGCUAAAGUCUGUGAAGAAAGUAUCGGCUAAUAAGCGUAUCCUGUGAUAUUUGAACGUGUCUUUACUGACACUUUCUGUUUGAACAAGAGGGAUCACAUCAUUCUCGCCUGGAUUAUAUGUUGAACGUUUUGCCAUUGUGAUGGUCUUGCACUUUGUUGUCACCCGUCUCAUCAAACGAUAUGAUCAUUUAUGCUAGACGUGAGGGAAAAGAGAACAUCACCUGCAUAAAUAUAUAUACAUAUUUGUUUAUGGGUCAGCUGAAGGACGCCUCCGGGUGCGGGAAUUUCUCGCUACAUUGAAGACCUGUUCGUGACCUUCUGAUGUUGUUUUUUACUAUGGUCGGGUUGUUGUCUCUUUGACACAUUCCCCAUUUCCAUUCUCAAUCUUAUUUUUAUAUAUAAUAUUUAACACAUGUGAUACAUAGAAAAUAUGACUUGAAUGGAUUGAAUUUCUUUUAGGGGGUUGGGGACGUUAUUACCGUAAAUUCCAUCCCGUAAAGACGGUAAAAAGGAUAAAUCAUUGCACAAUUACUCCAGUUUAAAUAAAAGUUUUAUAGCAGUACUUUAAGAAAAAGCUUAAGUGUCAUCAUCUGAACUACACGUAACUCCUGAGGAAUAUAAUGUGUCCAUUUAUCAAAACUUGACAUCAACAUCAAUAAGGAUGCACCUAUCAUUGUGUGUGACCAUAUAUCAAAAUAAGGUUCCAAUUCAAUAUAAAGUAGAUGGGUAUCGUCCACAAAGAAAAAUAAUCGACAGACAAAAUUACAAAAUUGUCAAAAAUGUAAUGACAAUACAAGCUACACAAAUGAAUGAUUUAAUCAAAGAGGGGCGUUUGAUACCAGAGGGACAGUCAAUAUGCAUAUGUUGUGUACAAGUUAUUAUGUUGUACAAAUUAUAAUUUGUAUUUUGACUUUGUACAAAUUAAAUUUGUACAAAAUGUGCCUGUACAAAUUACAAUUUGUACAAAAUUUGUCCAAAACUCACUUAUAACUUGUACAACAGUUUUAAAUAUGACUUUUGGUGAAAAUGCAAUGAUUCACACGAUAGAAUUGUAAUAGACCACUUUCGAGUUCAUCCGUCACCGGCAAAAACUCGUCAAUUAUGCACGCCUUUAUGACGUCAUUUACCAGAUAGAGGGGGUCGCCUGUAUCCCUGCACUAUUUACGUUCAUAAAGCGUCUCAGUGAUCGUCUUUGUGCAGAAUAAACUAGAAAUAAUGGUUGCUCUGUAGGUACUUCGUGACCAUUCCCUAAUGACAGCAGUGUUGAUUGUCAAUUUCGAGAAUUCAAUUUGCUGAAUAAUUCGUACAAUAUAGAAUUAUAGUUUUCCAACCACUCGCUCAACAUUGGAAGGGAAGUGACGACGCCCCUAAACUCACAAAUGACGGUGAUAAAGGCGCGUAUAAUUGACGAGUUUGUUCCGGUGACGGAUGAACUCGAAAGUGGUUUUAACUGACCACACACUAAACCUUAUUAACAUAAUACACUGUUUAUACACAACUACAAAAGGCAGGUUGAUCUUCGAAAUUUUUGAGAGAGAAAAAAAGUAAACAAAUAUAAAGGAUUUUUUUUCAAAUUUUUAAUACAUAAACGUCUUUUUUCUUAAAAAAAAAGUAUCAUUCAAUGGUACUGCUUGAUAAGUUCUUAUGGUUAUUUUUAAGGAUUUUUUUUUUAUUCAGAAACUAUGCAAACGAUUAUAUUUGUAAAAUUUCAUAUUUUGUAUCGUGAAAGAUCAUGUACAGCGUUUUGAUGAUCCUGAAAAGAUCUCAAAACAUUUGUUGCCCCAUAUUCGUUAUUUCUAAAAGUCAAUGAAAACAAUCAAAUGUUUUUUUAAAAGCAAGUAUAUUUGUAAUUGGUACAUCAAAAAAUUGGAUUUACAUGACUUAUUAUUUGCUUCACUUUUGUUUGUGAAAGGAUUGAUAGUUUAAUGACAUUGGGUCUGAUAAUUUUAUAAUACUACACCAACUAGUUUUCUUAUAAAAUAAAAUUCUGUCUAUCUGGUCUGCAUAAUUUUUUUUUAAGCAGUUAAAUACACGUUUAUUCACAGCAACGGUUCCUGAGCUUCAACGCUCGCUAUAUAAAACAGUUAAAAUGCCUGUAAAACAGGUCGUUAUCGAUUUGAGAGCCAAAAGAUUGUUUGCAAUACCUGAUUCCAUAAAUCACUAAAUCACCUGCUCAAACGAAUGAUAAAGAACUACUUUUGAAUUUUGUAACUUAAGUGUAAUUUCUGGUCAUUUAGUAGCAAUAUAAUAAUGUGUAUCAAUGCUUUUUUCGCCAAAAUCCAUAUGAAAAAUUAUUGUACAAGUUAUAAGUGAAU